AUGGCAACUGCAAGUCGUCACCGGGAGCUGCUAAUUGAAAAUGCACCGAGACCCCUACUAGCGACGAAAAAGUCGCGGGCGUGCUGCAGGGGAGAGCAGCAUGCAGCAGUCGUGUUGGACUUGAACGUGGUGUGUUUGCUCUCGCCACCCUCCAGCAGGCCCCCAAACCGACCAAGGGAGGAACUAAGGUGGCGAGUGCUGGCAGCAGGCUGCAAAAUGAAGAGCCCGUUUUUCUUCCUCGGAUGCCUGCAGCUCCUUGCUGCUGCGGUCGCUGUGUACAAAGAGUGGCUUCCAAACACCAACUUCGAAACCGCUUCCAACUGGGAGGAAGGCAGAGUCCCGUGUGCCAGCGAUGUGAUUCACUUUGAGAGGGACAAGGCCAUCUCUGUGUUUGUCAGGUCUCCCCACCCCGUGAAGGACAUGUACCUUCCACUGAACGGAGAAUUCAUCCUGGCAUCUGGGGCAGGAUUUGCAGCUUUUGACGGCAGCUGGGAUCCAGGAUGUGACUCAGGCUCGACCGCCAGGUUCGGGGACGCCGAGGGGCUCGCGUGGUUCGACCCGGCGCUGUGGCAGACGGCCGCCCAGCCGGGCGGCGGGCACAUCUUCGCCGUGGAUGAGGAGCGCGUCCCAUGCCAGUACGACGAUGUUAUCUUUCAGCCCGAAACCUCCUUCCGGGUAAACGUCGACUCAUCGCAGGGCAUGAUUCAUCUCCGGAGCAUCUCUCUCAUGGGUCAGACGUUCGGCAGCACCGCGGCCCUGGCCGCCUACCUGCGGGGCCCCUCCGCGCCGCUGCAGUUUCACGGGAACGGCACUUUCCAGGUGUCGGGCGCCGGGUGCCCGGAUAAGUCCGGCUGCGUCUGCGGGAACGCCCAGGACGGCCACCGCAUCUGCGCGGCGCUGCUGGGGGCGGCGGGGAGGCCGUGCCCCGCGCCGGCGUGCCGGAGCCCGCUGCGGCCCCUGGGCCACUGCUGCGGGGUCUGCGGAGCCACUGUUCACCUGGAGUUCGCUCCCAGCUUUGACCUGCAGAAAUACCGCGACAGGCUUGUCCGAGCCUUCCUGAGCCUGCCCCAAUACGCUGCAGUUCAGAUGGCGAUAUCCAAGGUACACAAAGCACAGACCUUCCUGGGAGUCGCACUGCGAAGCUCCACGCCUGUCAUCCAGGUGGUGCUCAUCGAUGACCGGACUGGGUCGCAGACAGGCACUGUUGCUGAGCAGAUGGCUGCAGACAUCAUGAGCGACAUCGCACAGCACGGUGAAGCACUUGGCAUAUCCAGCAGCAAAAUGGAGGUGGCCACUGGCAGCAUGUUCAGCGGGCAAGCAGGAAUCAGCCCAUUGAGGAAGAUCUUAACAGGGACAAUUUCAACCCUGCUCUUCUGCCUCCUGCUGCUCGGAGGGAUGCUCUUUCUCUACAGGAAGGGAAUGCUAAGGUAGGAAACGCUGCCCCGGCCUGGGCGCAGAGCGCGGGGCCUGGCGUCCCCGGAGCCGGCGAGCGGCAGAGGGUUUGACAACCCCAUGUUCAACGCGCCCACGGACACCACGGAGCCUCCGGGCGCUGCCUCCGGUGAGGACACGCGGCAGGAGAUGGCUCUCAAAGACAGCCAGGUCUUCUACCUGAACCCUCUGUACGACGAGCGCGAGGUCGACGUCUGA